GUCUCGCUCUAAGUCUCGUAUGCGUGACGUGUCUUUUUGACCCGAGGACUAAAGCUGAAACCGGCUUUCCUCAAUUUUGAAAUAGAUUUUGUUGAAACGGCAUUGAUAUAACUGGUAAAAGAUCAUUAAAGAAAAAUGGGAAUAAAAUUCCUUGAAUUUGUGAAGCCAUUUUGUGCAGUUCUUCCUGAGAUAGCUAAACCUGAUAGAAAGAUCCAGUUCAGAGAGAAAGUAUUAUGGACUGCCAUCACAUUAUUUAUCUUCUUGGUGUGUUGUCAGAUUCCGUUAUUUGGAAUAAUGUCAUCAGACUCAGCAGAUCCCUUUUACUGGCAGAGAGUUAUCUUAGCUUCUAACAGAGGUACUCUCAUGGAACUGGGUAUCUCUCCAAUUGUAACAUCAGGUCUUAUAAUGCAGCUGUUAGCGGGGGCUAAAAUCAUUGAAGUUGGAGAUACCCCAAAAGACAGAGCUCUCUUCAAUGGGGCACAAAAAUUAUUUGGAAUGGUGAUAACAAUAGGUCAGGCCAUUGUUUAUGUGAUGACUGGAAUGUAUGGUGACCCAUCAGACAUGGGAGCUGGUGUUUGUCUUAUCAUCAUAAUACAGUUGUUUGUAGCUGGCUUGAUAGUCCUUCUGUUAGAUGAAUUGUUACAGAAGGGCUAUGGUUUAGGAUCUGGUAUUUCACUUUUCAUAGCCACAAAUAUUUGUGAAACAAUUGUUUGGAAGGCGUUUAGUCCUGCGACAGUAAAUACAGGAAGAGGUACAGAGUUUGAAGGAGCUAUUAUAGCACUGUUCCAUUUAAUUGCUACCAAGAAUGAUAAAGUCAGAGCAUUGCGUGAGGCUUUCUACAGACAAAAUCUUCCAAACUUGAUGAAUUUGUUGGCAACAGUUUUGGUGUUUGCUAUAGUAAUAUAUUUCCAGGGAUUCCGUGUGGAUUUACCUAUCAAAUCAGCUCGUUACAGAGGACAAUACAGUUCUUACCCAAUCAAACUGUUUUACACAUCCAACAUUCCAAUUAUCUUACAGUCUGCCCUAGUGUCAAAUCUUUACGUCAUUUCUCAGAUGUUGGCAACGAAAUUCAGUGGAAACUUUUUCAUCAACUUGUUAGGAGUCUGGGCUGAUGUUGGAGGUGGUGGACCUGCCAGAUCUUACCCUGUUGGAGGAUUAUGUUACUAUCUCUCACCACCAGAAACAUUACAACAUGUUGGAGAAGAUCCUGUACACGCUGUACUCUACAUUUUCUUCAUGUUGGGAUCAUGUGCUUUCUUCUCUAAGACAUGGAUUGAUGUAUCAGGAUCUAGUGCUAAAGAUGUUGCUAAACAAUUAAAGGAACAACAGAUGGUAAUGAGAGGUCAUAGAGAACAAUCUAUGAUACAUGAAUUAAAUAGAUAUAUUCCAACUGCUGCUGCAUUUGGUGGUCUCUGUAUAGGUGCCUUGUCUGUCAUGGCAGACUUUAUGGGUGCUGUUGGUAGUGGUACUGGAAUUUUAUUAGCUGUUACAAUUAUUUAUCAAUAUUUUGAAAUAUUUGUUAAAGAACAGAGUGAAAUGGGAGGAAUGAGCACAUUACUGUUUUAAAUUUAAAGACAAUAUCAUCGUUCAUGUACAUAGUUUUAUACAUGUCGUCGUUGUAUACAAUAUUCACAAGACUAGUCGUGAUCUGAUAUUGACAUUUUGAAAUAAACAUGUAGAAAUUUACAUUAGAUAAGUAAUCAUCUCACAUGAAAUUUGACAUAUGCAGUAUUGAGAUUUUUCACCCACCAGCAUUGUUGCCAGUUAAAAGUCAUUACUGAAGUGUUAUGAUACAUUGCUUAGCUUCUUCUAAAGUGAGAUAUAAUGUUAUUGUCAUAAUUUAUUAUUAUUAAAAAGUUAAUGUGAGCUGAGAUUUGUUUACUAAAAUUUGUUGACAAAUUUUAACAAUGAAGCAGAUGUUAAAAGAACAUUUCCAGCAUCAAAGUCUCUAUAUCGGAUGUUAUGUAAAUGUGAAACAUGCUAAGAGGAUGAGAGGUGAAUGGUUGUGGUACAUAUCUUUAGCAAUUGUUCUCAAACAGCUAAUAAAUUCUUAAACCAA